UCUUCUUCUUCUUCUUCCUCAUUGACUCCAUUUUUGAAAAACUCCUGAUUUUCUUUUAAGCCGAAUCUCAUACUCUCUCUCUCUCCCCUCCUUCCACUAAUCCCUCGCCUCCUUAAUCGGACCUUCGAAAUCUCUUUAUUCAAUCAAAACUCCAAUCGAUUUCAAACUUUCUUGGAAUCUCCGUCUUCCUCCAAAGCUUCUUCAUCGGAGACAACCCUAUCAACACCUGGUCAAUCAAUCAACGACCAAGCACUGGGGAAAAGAGAGUGUCUUUAACAUCCUUCGAAGGAGAGAUGCUGGGCGCUGGGUUUCAGUUGACGAGGGGACGACACGGCGAAGACCAUUUCUACAAAUCACCCAAAGGGGCCCGAGCCAAGCCCAAUCACCGCGCCGAUCAGCUUCGGAGAGCUCAGAGCGACGUCUCAGCUAACCCCAAGCAACGCGAGAACGAGUCUCCUUCUGGGCCCACUAAUCUUGAACGCUUCUUAGAGGCCGUCACGCCAUCUGUGCCGGCCCAGUACUCACCCAAGACGUCGUUACGGGAAAGAAGAGUGCCUUACUUUGUGCUUGGAGAUGUGUGGGAGUCGUUUGCGGAGUGGAGCGCCUACGGGGCAGGAGUGCCUCUUGUUUUGAACAACAAGGAUCGUGUUGUUCAGUACUAUGUGCCUUCCUUGUCAGGGAUUCAGAUAUACGCUGAUCCUCAUGCGUUGAGUUCGUCUCUUAAAGCAAGGCGGCUUAGUGAUGAUUCGAGUAGCGAUGUCAGCACGGAUAGUGAUUCUGAACGGGUUACUGCUGGGAUGGAUCAUGUAUCGUUGAGAGAUCAGCUUCUGGAAGACUCGUCGAGUGAUGACGGUGAACGUUUAGGUUCUCAAGGUCGUUUGAUGUUUGAGUAUCUUGAAAGAGACCUUCCUUACAUCCGUGAACCUCUGGCUGAUAAGGUCUCUGACCUUGCUGCUCGGUUUCCUGAGCUGAAGACGCUAAGAAGCUGUGACUUACUUCCUUCAAGCUGGUUUUCUGUGGCAUGGUACCCAAUUUACAAAAUACCCACAGGACCUACAGUUAAAGACCUGGAUGCUUGCUUCUUGACGUAUCAUUCCCUUCACACACCGGUUGCAGGUCCAAGCAGUGCACAACCAAUGAGCCUUGUGCAGCCAAUGGAGAGUGAGAAGAUGUCAUUGCCAGUAUUUGGGCUCGCUUCAUAUAAGUUCAGAGGUUUUGUAUGGACACAAAAUGGAGGCUCUGAGCACCAGCUAGUAAACUCUCUCUUCCAAGCUGCUGACAAGUUGCUGCGUUCAUGUCAUGUUAGCCACCCUGAUUUGCUCUUCUUCUGCCGCCGCUGAUAUGAUAACUUUUAGUACGAUUUUUAAAAAAAGGAAGUUUCUCGAUAAGUUACACAGCCAAAAUGAAAUUUGUGAAAAACAUUUUUAGUGGUUCACAAAGAGUUUGAAUAUUAAAACUCAAACUGUUGAUGGUUGGUCUCAGACCUAAAGUUGCUUUAUCUGUAAGGUAUAGAUAAACGAGUUUUGUUUUUUGUCAGGUUAUGUAUGUAUACCAAUACAUACCAUUGUUGUCUGCAAUAGAAACUUUUGAGAGUAAAUGUGAAUAUGUUCAAACCACCA